GGGUAUUACAAUAUCUUGCGCUACGUGAUGGAGGGACAUGAAUGUAAAGUCGGGAGCGAAAAGUCAAAGGCCCAGCUUAGAGCUGAGAGAAGAGCUAUACAAGAGGCACAAAGAGCUGCGAAAGCUGCCUUUAAAACUGCUGAAAAACCUAGAAGCAAACAAAUCUCCAAUGUAGCUAGUGCAGAAAUCACAACAAAAUGUAGUAACCAGUCAUCUGUUAGCCACUAAAUUUUAGCUACUUCAAUCAAAAAACAUGAAAAGAACAUGGAUGAAAACGAGAUAAAAUCUGGAGCUUCAGCCAUUGAUGCUGAAGCUAUAACUGAGAAGAAGAAUCGAGUUAACUGUUGCGAUUAUUCACACCGAAGAGUCGCCGAACUUCCAACAUCUAGAGCUCAAGAGUGCUGUCGUGUUCACCUGUUUAAGCACCUUGAUCAACCUGAUAAGCGCCUGAAUGUCAUUGGCUUGCUUGGAUUAGGUACUCAUUCUCAAAUUCAUCCUUCCUUUCUUGCUUUGGGUGUCGAUUUUGACGAAGGUCGAAUAUGGGGCUCCAAUGAGAGAUGUUUAGCAUUUUUGUCAUCAUGUGAAGAACUUGUGCGUUCAUUUACCUUGAGGUCCUCGAAUGACAGAAUAAGUAAUCAUACUUGUACAAAUGAAGCUCUCUUUUGCCGAAAUUUUGGACCAAUUCUUCAGACCCAUGUUAACUUUCUUAAGCUCUGUCGUCCACUAUCUGUUACGAUAUACAAUGCCUACCAGUAUCUAAAACAGACACUUAGUCGUUUGGAUUCUGUGGAGGACUGGGAAGAGUGUCAAAUGAAUUUUUUAUCUGCUAUUGACGAGUUUAGACGUAGUUCAAUUUAUCUGGCAGGAGCUGAAAUUGUAGAUCGUACGGUCAGUUUAAUUCGGUCUGGAGAAUGCGUCUGCACAUUUGGCUAUUCAUCUCUAGUAGCUCAAGUUUUGGAAAGAGCAUGGAAAUCGUCAUGUAAUGCAUCUGUUAAUCAAGUCGAUGUAAAUGAUUUACUGUCAAAAAAAAUGAAGGCAUGUUCUGUAAACAGUAGACCAGAUCUGACGAGUAAAACUGCAAACAGAGUGUUCAGCGUUUUGGUUGUUGAUUCACGUCCUAAAUUUGAAGGUAGACGAAUGCUUAGCAGACUGUCUAAAGCAGGUAUACCCUGUGAAUAUACACAUAUUGGUGCUUUACCAAGUGUUGCAAACAAGAUAUCCUUAGUUAUCGUGGGGGCACAUGCUCUUCUUAGUAAUGGCUAUGUAUUAGGUCGGAUGGGGACCGCUCAAGUGGCCAAUAUUGCUGCGUCUAUUUCUCACGCUCCAACAAUGGUCUGUGCUGAAACAUACAAGUUCUGGGAGCGUGCUCAUUCUGAUGUCUUUGAAUAUAAUGAGCUUGGUGAUCCCGAUGAUAUUUGGCGUGGUCCACGGGGUACCUCAUCAGAUUCGAAGCAAGGUAUUUCCGGUUACGGUCCCACUGGUUUUCCAGACAGAAGUGGAUCAUUCAAAACUGAUUUAAGCGAUUGGCGCUCGAAUUCUAAGUUAAGAUUGCUGCAUUUAGAGUAUGAUGUAUUACCACCUGCAGUAGUUACAGCUGUAGUAACUGAAAAAGGUACUUUACCAACCACAUCCGUUCCUGUUGUACUUCGAGUAAAACAAGCCUCCUUACCUACUGUAUAGUCUGUAUUUUUGUAUUCUUUUAACACUAAAGUAUUUUUUGUUUUAACAGGAUAUUUUAGGUUUAUUCAAUUGUAAUGUACGCACAAGACCGCUAUGUAAUGUUUAUUUUCAGAUGUUACAACCCUUCUCUUUUGCAAACUUUAAAUUAACUAUGAUUAGGUUAUUACCGAACGCUAACGAUUGUUUUCCUCACACGUAUUUCCUUACAACCACAGUAUUUGUUCAUAUUUUUGAAACUCUUUUAAUUGUUUUGUAAAGCGAUAUGGUGAAUAAUAACUUCUUAGACAAGAAAAUAUGAUCUCCCCAAUAUUUCAAGUAUACUAUUGUUACAAAUAAAGGUAAA